AUGACUGGUGAGUCACAGUUCUAUAUGAACAGUCCCAAGCCUAUGGGACCAAAGGAGUUAAUAGAUUACUCUGUGCUGAGCGUACCUUCGAUACACAAUAGAAAACUGCACCGGAGCAGUCACCCUAAUGUACCAUACCCUGUGGAUCUGAGUGAAGAACUGGAGCAAGGUGAUUAUGAAGAUUUGCCAGAUACUGAAUACAAUUUCCUCCGUCCAGAAGUAGUGCUACAUAUAGAUUCACCCACCCCCCCUCCUUCGGAAACUCCACCACAAGCUUCUAGGACACAACAAAUCAUCAACGAAUCGAUUAUUACACCAACAAAGAUAUCGCCUUUACGAAAUUCUAUUUAUGAUACUCCUCCCUCCUACAACGGUUCCUACUCAGUAAAUGAUUCAGGGUUGACUGGGAGUCCUCCACGCCGUUCAUCUAUUUCACCAGCCAGAAACGAUACAUUUCUCUCGUCUAGAAAACAUUCUCCAAAUAGAGAUAGCCGUGACAAUUCCAAAUCGCCAAAGUUCAGAUCAUCACCUUCUUUGUCAUAUGACUUCCCCAUUGCACAGCGAACAUUCGUAGAAGGAGAUAGCGACGACGACGAAGGUUAUUCAUAUGAUACAACCAGACAAAGCGCCACAGAAUAUAGCAUUAUAAAUCAGGAGAUGGGUGGACAGGCCUGCUACCCAGAAGAAGAUAACGUAGACUUAUUUGAUGAUGAGUCCAUAAUACAUCCAUCUACGUUCUUUGGGCGUUUACCUACGCUACCGUCUCCAGGAACUUCGCCUACGAGAAACAAUACAUUCAGCUAUUCACCAAACAGAGACCUGAUGACUUCCAUCACGAGAAACUCUACACUUUACAGUGUUAGCCAGCAACGCAAAGACGAAGACUUGCCAGCAUUGCCGUUUGAAUUGCCACCGUUACCUUUCUCGGCCAAAUCCUUAAAUAACCAACACUUUUCUGUUUUUAAUGGUCCAUUGUGGUCGUUGAAAAGUAUUUUUGAAUGGUCUAUCAAGCUACAAGACUGGCUUGACGAUCUGUUCAUAUCUUUGGCUGAAUUUAAAGUAGCCUUGACAGAUCUCGUGACCUAUCACAAGCCAGACAUACCGCCAACUGUGUUGAGUACUCUUGUUGAUUCCAUCGUAGAUAGUCUCUUGCGUUCCCAUGCCAUUAGUUUAACAUAUCGAGUAGUAAUAUCUCCAAAUAAUGCAUCUGGCAGAGAAGAAGAGAACGGUAUUACUAUUGACGAAAUGGCAGCUGUUAGUGGGGUCUUUCCGGCCUUAACAACCUGCUACUAUUCAGGAAGCCAUGAUAAAGCGCAAGAUCUAAGAUUGAAAUGUUAUUCACGUUUUUGUCACUGGAAUGCUGUGAUUGAACACGAAGAACAACUCAAAAACCUCGAUGAAAAUGAAAUAUACCUAGCACAGGAUUGGGUUUCGUAUUGGAAGGUAACUGAUGUAAAGACAUUGGACAAGAGAGUUGUAACAUUGCAAUCGCAUGUACUAGAUCUUUUAAGAAAUGAAUGGGGGUUCUCAGCCAGAGCUAGAUUAUUUGUGGAAGAUUUUGGGCCCCAAUUUUUUGCAAGAGCCAAAACGGAUCCCAAGAUAAAGAUUCCAUCUAAUUAUCAGAAUGAAGUGAUUGACUCAAGAUCAGAAUUGUUGGAAAUACAUAAGACAAUGGUACUUGAUCCUCUCAUAGAGAUAUACAAGUCAGAUGGUAAAUUUGUUCAUAGCUUUGAUGCUAUCGCAAAAAUAUAUAGUAAGUGGACGAAAAAGGCAGAACAGGCUUUUAUGAGAUAUAUGUCAACUGUUCCACUUCUAUACGAGCUUUUGAAUGUGGAAUUUUUAAAGGAAUGGGUGGCCAAGGUCCACGAUAAACGAUUGCUGAAGCUCAAUGCAGAUUGUUUGAUCCUUUUUCAGAGUACGUUUUCUUCGCGGGCUUUUAAAUUACCUUUGGAAUUGAGAGGUAUUCUGGAUCUUCUUGGUGAAGAAGACAAACAGUCACUUGCCAAGGCAGUUGAAGAUGUUCAAAAUUUGACUUCGAAAAUUCAGAAGAUGAAAGUUUCUGUAGAGAACAAGAACGAAUUAAGAAAGCUCCAAGAGAUUAAAUGGGGCAAUUUUAAUAAAGAACGCGUGAAUUUGAAGUCAACCAACAGGCGGUUUAUCAAGAGAGGACCAUUGGUUAGAAGAGGUGAAUUGAAGAUCAACACCUACAACAAUCAUGUCAUCUUGUUGGAUAACUAUUUUAUUAUCACUGAAAGAUCUAGAAAUAGAGCUAUCAAUGAGUAUAUUGUCGAGAAGAACCCAAUUCCAGUUGAACUUUUAUUAGUUGAGGAAAGAGAGUCGUCUUCCAAAACCAUUUCUCAUUCGCCAGUAACAAGUGGUCCAUCCCAAAACCAAGAAGAGGAGCCUUCCAAUUAUCAGUUCAAGGUCAGAUACGCCGGACGUGGCAAGCGUUUUGCAUUCACAUUCAUAACCAAGUCCGAGAAAGAUAGGGCUGACUGGAUCAGAGACAUUAAGUAUGCUAGAACAGCCUUGUGUUCUAGAUUGCGAAGAACAGAACCAUACUCUUUGAAUCUCAUUUCCAAUACUUGUUUUGGUUAUGAGCAAAUAGACAAGAUCGAGAAAUUGCCUAUAUGCGCGGAGCAGGAUCCCGUGUAUGAUUUGUCAGUAGACACCAUGAAGAAAUUGAACUUUCUGUCUGGAAGCGAUAUUUACAGUCUUGCUGGAUCAGUAGUGUUUAGCAAGGUUCUCAGUAUGUGUUCAUUCGAGUUUAUGGGAUCUCAAUUUGUGCUUAUUGGGCUAGCCUCUGGAUUGUACUGCUCUGAUCUCCAGAAUAAAUGGCGAAAGGUAGCAAAUGGAGCUAAUUUCGUCAGCUUAGCUACUGACACUUCGAUGUCCCUUCUAUUGGUAUUGGCUGGAAAUAGGCUUUUAUACUAUGCGUUGGACCUGAUUGUAGAUGUUUAUUAUGAAAGAAGGAAACAUCUCACCAGUGUCCAACUUGCUAGCAAGGCAUCAUUCUUUGAGAUUGGAAAACACAGGGCAAUGACUAUGAUUUUCGUAGCCAAAGCAAACUCGUCAGGAACCGACUUCACAGUAUUCAUUCCUGAAACUGAUAAUGGAGGAGUUUUCAGUACUUUCAAGGAGUAUAAAAAGUUCCACGUUGCUGCGGCCUGCUAUGGAGUAUCGUUGUUUAACUCUUCAUUUGCUGUCCACACUAACAGAGGUAUUGAGAUUUUGAAUCUAUCUACACUUUUGCCUAGAUCAGUACCUGAAUUUUCCAACACCGAGAGUCUAAGCAGAAGAUCUUCCACUACUAGUGCCAACUCCAAUAGCAACAAUAUUGAAGCUAUCAGGCUGGCAGUAGUAGCCACGGGGAUUAAGCCUAUGGGGAUGUUCAAGAUCAGCAGAGGCCAAGAAAGUGAUCUUCAUGAAUUCUUGUUGGUAUAUAGUAACUUUGCCAUUUUUAUUGACCCUCUGGGAAAGCUUUCGCGGAGUUCGAUUUUAAGAUUUGAAUUCCAAGCAAAAUCGAUUGCUUUUGUCAAGAAUAGUUUGUUCUUAGUGUGCGAUGAAGUCAUAGAAAUUUGGAGAAUCAGCGAGUUCUCCAAUGGCUCCAAUGGUCUUAUCCAGGUAAUCACAGGUAAGGGUAUCCAGAUGAUCAACAGCGAUAAGUUGGCGUUUUCUAUGGCCAACCCCAUGGUCCCGGGAAUGCAGUUGGUGUUUGAGUUGCGCAAGAAAUCAUCAAUGUAA